GUUUUUGGAGCUUCGAGGACUGGCAUGGAGUAUCCAGAGCGAGUAGGCCAGCCCUGUAUGUCAGGUACUCGAUCUGGUUCUGCCUAUAUAUGCUCUGGGAGAACAUUAUACAUGAUUGCUUUUGACAUUGUCAUUCAUAUUGGUCAUACAAAAUUUGAUACUCAGCAGUCAUUUUAUUAUAUGAGGACAGGAUCUUGCAAAUUCGGUGCUUCAUGUAAGUACCACCAUCCUAGGCAGGGAGGAGGCGUUGCUCUUGAUGAGAAAGAGUGUUCGUAUUAUGUGAAAACAGGACAAUGCAAGUUUGGUGCAACUUGUAAAUUCCAUCAUCCACAGCCUGCUGGUGUUCAAGUUCCUGCACCUCUAUCAGUUCCCCAAGUCUCUUCUCUACCUGUCCGCGUACCUUCAAUCGUUCUAUCCAACUGUGCAGCCCUCCAUCUGGUCCUUCAUCACAAACAAUAUGGUGUAAUGGUUGCAAGACCACCUCUACUACCAGGGUUGGAAUCCUUAUCAGGCUCCUACAAGCCCUGCAUUCCAUCUAGUACUCCAUCAAAUGUUGGUUCAACACACCUUUAUGGGAAUACUCAGCUACCUUCAUCAGCACCUGCCUAUACUUCACCUUAUCAACCUGCAGGUUCCGCAUUUGGUCCCUCAACACUAGUCAGAGAGAACAACAUUCAUUACCAGAAAGACCAGGUCAGGUCAGCCAGAAUGUCAGCAUUACAUGAGAAACGGGAGAGUGUAGAUUUGGUCCUUCCUGUAGGAGUUCUAAAAAUUGUAGGGGAUCUGAUGAUUGAUGGUUUUCUAUUUCCAAAACUGUCAGAGUCUAAGCUGAUUUUGUCUCAAAUUGCACAGGGUGCACCGCCUUGCACUCACUAUGUGCAGCGAGGAGUAUGCAAGUUUGGUCCUGCAUGCAGGUUUGAUCAUUCUAUGGGAACAUUGACUUACAGUCCAUCUGCUUCUUCUCUUGUUAAUAUGCCAGUUGUAUCCAUUCCUGUGGGUUCUUCCAUCAGUACUCGUCCUCCAUCGUCCUCAUCAUCAGAGUUGCAGCCUGAACGUAACCCUGGUUCUAGCCGGGAGCCUGGAUCAUUCAGAAUUUCUUCUUCAAUGAGCACAGCCACUGGAUCAGUUGGCUUGGCUUUGUCAACUAGUGGAAACGUUUCUGAAUCAAGUGCUCAAACAUCCGCCCAAAGUUCUGUUCCGGUAGCAACUACGACUAUCACAACAACCAGCACUGUCUCUCAUGCCCCAAGCUAA